AUUUAGCAAACAUUAUUAUUAACUUUUUUAACUAAUCAAACAGCUAAAAUGAGUCAAACAAGUUAAAAGCUGGCUGAUAAGCCAUUUGACAAACAUACCAAAGUAAUGAAUGCAUAAAGGUCUAAUUUCUGGCGUCAUAACUGAAAAAAUAAAAUAAAAAAGACAGUGCAUUAUAAUUUUCAUUGAUGAAAACGCAACAGAGAAGGGCCACAAGAGUAGGGGCAUAUCUCCAUACCCACGUUUCCCUCGUUCAAUUAUAUUCGGCUAUUCCUCCCAAAACUGCCCAAUCAUCCAUCUCUCACAAUCCAAAACCGGUUUUCUUUUUCUUCUCUUCUCUUUUCUUUCUUUCGUUUUUGAACAUGAAAAUGCUAGGAAUCCAGGAAACGGAAACUUCUCCCCAUGAAAAGAAAAUGAUGAUCAACGCGAAAGAUCGCACCUUUAUGCUACUCCACUCCCCACAGAUCAUUGGAUUCAGACUGAGGACGCCGAGGUUGCUUGUUAAGGUUGUCAAUGGCAGAAAGCGGCGGCGGCGCAGCCGCCACGGUUCCAAUGAUGCGGCGGAGAGGAAGAAAUCAUGGUCGGAAUCCGGUGGGAAUCUUCUUGUGCCUGUGAAGACUGGGUCGGUUUUCUGCAGCACGUUUUUCAGCAGAAACCAGGCGGCAGAUGAAGAAAAACUGGGAAAGUCAAAGUCAAUCAAGAACAUCUUGGGGUUCAAAGGAGAAAACAGAACAAAAGCAGAUAUUCAAUGCAGAGAGAGUUUAGAAAAGUCAAAUAAGUCAACCCAUUACUUGUUCCUCUCAAGAACAGGGAAGAAUGGUGGUGGGUCAUCAGCAAAAGAACCCAUCUUCUGCUUCAGAUUCUCUGGGCUGCUCAGAUGGAAGAAGAGGCUAAGGUUUAGCUUCAGGAAGUGGAGGAUUACUGGAGGAAUUGGAACAAGUUGUAUGGGUAUGGCAGGAUUGGCAGCCCAAAGAAGAAACAGAGGCUAUUACACACAGAUUCAGAGCAUCAGAAGUCCAGAGGAGGCAGAUGAAGAAGAAGAAAAGGAAGAAGGGAUUGAACUUUGCAAGAAGAGAAUCCUUAUGGGAGACAGGUGUAAGCCCCUCAGCAUCUCUGGAAGGCUUAACUAUGAUCAAAAUGGCGUUUUGUUGCCAGAAUUGCUUCCAUAUGAUUGACAAACCAGAGUAGUUUUCUUUUCCAGAAUUGCACAAACAUUAAAUUCUUCAGAUGAUCUCCCAUCAUCAAAGCUGCAGAUACAGUAGCAUGUGUUGGUUUUGGUAAUGUCAUUGUGGAUAUUUUUUUCAUGAAAUGGCCAAACAAACUUCCAAUGACUUUCAAUUCCGG